AUGGCAGACACUAAACCACUUCACCAAAAAAGAUUUGAAGCCGCUGUGAGCGUCAUCCAAAGCUUGCCCAAAAAUGGCUCUUUCCAGCCAUCCAACGAAAUGAUGCUGAAAUUCUACAGUUUUUACAAACAAGCAACACAAGGACCAUGCAAUAUACCAAGGCCUGCAUUUUGGGAUCCUGUUGGUCGAUACAAAUGGGAUGCCUGGAAUUCGUUGGGUGACAUGACUAAGGAAGACGCCCAUGGUUGCUUAUGUUGAUGAAAUGAAAAAGAUUCUUGAGAGCAUGCCAAUGACGGAGAAAGUGGAAGAAUUACUUCAAGUCAUAGGUCCGUUUUAUGAAAUAGUGGAAGACAAAAAACAUGGGCGAGGAUCUGGUGUAACGUCAGUACGAUUGGAUAAAGUUGCUAAGUCUUUAGAAGAGCUGAGCACUGCGCUCACCUCCACUCCAAACUGUAAAGCUGUGAAUGGGAAGGCGGAGAGCAGUGACAGUGGAGCCGAGUCCGAGGAGGAAGAUGUCGGGAGACAGGAAGAGGAGGAAGAUGACGAGGAAGGAGAAACAGAACAAAGUGAACAAGAGGAGAAGGCUGUAAAGCAAGAUUCGGCUCCAGAGCCUUGCCCAGGUGGAAUAGUGGCCAAUGGUUUACUCAUCAACCACAGUUACUAUAUUCCAGACAUUCCCAUUCACUCACCAACCAAGUCUGAUCUCAACAAGAUGGAGGAGGAGGUGGCUGGAAAACAGCCCAACACAGAGGAUGAUGGAUAUAAUGAUGUGGAUGGAAAGAAAGAUAAUGAUUGCACAGAGGAUGUUGCUGCAAUGCAUCACUUGACGAGCGACUCAGACAGCGAGAUCUUCUGUGACUCUAUGGAGCAGUUUGGGCAAGAAGAUGUAGAUCACAGUCAGCUGAUAGAAGAUGCCAUGUUGACUGAAGGUUCCACAGAUGUCUGGGCUGGAGGGGAGGUAAAGGAUGGUGGAGAAGAUGGGAAAGCAUCUGGCCGAACACCACAGAAGGAAAAAUCUGGACAUGACAAGGCUGAAUACUACAAUUCUAGGAGAGGAAGAGUCGGCCGUAAUCAUCCUGUUGGAGAAGGAUCCAGAGGGGGACAGGUGGGCAGUGGUGGGAAUGGAGGAGAUCGCAGAGGAUCAGACAGAGGAACAAACAGUAGUCUAAAUGAGCACAUUGCUGUUGUACUCAUGCGAUUGCAAGAGGACAUGCAGAAUGUUUUGCAGCGGCUGCAGACGUUGGAGGCCCUCACUGCCUCACAGGCAAGGUCGAUUCAAUUUGAAUCUAAUAUUCAACAGCUUCCGAACAAGAAGCCUUCAUGGUGGCCCUUCGAGAUUUCGUCUGGCACCCUGGCAUUUGCAAUAAUCUGGCCAUUUGUUGCCCAUUGGUUAAUUCAUUUAUAUCUGCAAAGGAAGAGGAGGAAGCCUACCUGA